AUCAGCACAGAGACUGCAUGAAUAAUCUUUUAGCAGCUGUAACAUAACAUGACAGCGUUGUGUGGACCGUAAUACUGUGGCUAAAUAAGACAACCUUUAAUACCAGCUGGUAAACUGUGGCCUCCAUUCGAUCACCGUAGUUAUUUAUGUAAACAAGAAUUAAGUAUGAAGUGGGAAAAAACUCCAUGAAUGUAAUUUUCAUCAGGUCGGUGUGUUUCCCGUUUGAUUUGUAAGAAAUACAGAACGCUUUAAAUAAUGGAUAAAUCGAUCUGUCAACUUACUGCUUGGUAAACAGGGUAACACAAGUAAAGCGCGUGUGACAGGUGGUCACACAAAAGAGGAAUAAGGGAGGAGAGGAGGAAACGACCUGCUUCUCGGUAAUAUUGGCGAUUUUUCUGAGAAGCUCCAGGAUGUCGUCCUUUUAGAGAGUCAGAGGAUAUCAGGAUUUAUGCUGGUCGCACACACUGGGACUCCAAUACAUCCUUUCUGAGAUCUUUUCCCACACACUUCAGUGUUUCUGUCAAUAGACUGGCUCCCAUUUGUGUCAGCUGUUGCCACCAGUGUCCUCAGCUUUACUGUAAUUGAGAGAAGGAUCAGCCCGUAUAGAGAGUACUACAAGAACAUGCUGGCCUCAUGAUUGAGCGCAGCUGUCCAGAGACUGCAAUGUCAUCAAAAAUGCAGAGCUCCAGUAGUAUAGCUCAGGCGAAGCGGACAGUGCAGCAGCUAAGGAUAGAAGCUGGCAUUGAGAGGAUAAAGGUGUCCAAGGCUUCAUCAGACCUGAUGCGCUACUGUGGAGAACAUGCCAAGAAUGACCCGUUGCUCAUGGGGAUCCCUGCUUCAGAAAACCCUUUCAAGGACAAGAAGCCUUGCACUGUUUUGUAGGGGAGUGCCUGAUUUUUGAUUCUUAUGUGGAAACAGGCUGAUAGUAACACUUUUCACAACUUAUCUUAAGGCCAGUGUACCCCCUAACCUUUUCACAUGCCUGCUGCAGCUCAAGGAAUGUAUUGCUCUUUGCCUUGCAGUCAGAUUACACCAAAGAACAGGCAAAAGUCUAAAGCUGUGGCCUCAGAAACACAGAUGAGUAAAUGUUUGUAUCAAUGUUUAGUGGUGACUUUUGUUUCUCUGCAUUAUCUGAAAGAUGUAGACGGUCACAGAAGGAACUGUGCCAUGGACUGGAGAGUUCCUGAUCGUCUAAUUGUCACAGAGUCCAUAAAGAAGUACCCUCAUUUAUUGGUCCAAUUAGAAUUAGGCUUUCAGCUUUCACCUCAUUCUUUCAUCUGGCUUGCUUCAGGAAACAGUUGUUAUAGUUUGAGUGCUACGAUAAAGAGCCUGCGAGAUAAUGAUUUCCUGUUGGUACAUGAGAAAACUGUGCUCUCCAUCACAUGAGGAUAAAUGGAAAGGGCAGAGAUCCAUUGCCUUUCAUGCACAUUUCCUGCUUUAUAUUUUGCCAUCUAGUCCUAGUCAGAAAUGAUAAGUUAAAAUCUUUCUCAUUAAAUUGUUUCCAACUCUGUCUUAACAUAGACACAACAGUCUAAUUGGUUCAGAUUGUCCUGACGUGUGUGAUUUAUCCUUUGCAGAGACAAACUAAUUUUUGGAUGAUGAAAAUUUCUUUUGUCAGCGUUAGGAUAUAGUAUAGUUCACUUUUUUGAAUAAGUUGUCACUGAAUUCUAGUUUUCUGUAAUUUUCCUUUGAGCUCUUUGCAUUCCUGUUAUAAUACAGACUUUCAGUAGUUGAAUCCAAUACGAAGCUAAAGAGAAGUUCCAAUACCAGGUGGUGAGUUCUCUUGACAAAACGGUCGAGUCUCUUUUUCUUUUACUCAUUUUGUUUGCAUUUGCCUUAAAAAUGAAUGUGAACCGUUCAGUCCAACCGGCUCUAGAAAUGAAACAUGUACAGAUAAAAGUACCAGUAUGAACUUUUGAUAUCACUGUACAUGGUGCAUGACCCUUUGCCUUUGCAUGAGAUAAUAUUUGACUUGUAUAAAUAAAUAUUCAUUAUGAGGCCAUCAUUGCUGAAAAGAGCAUUUAAGACCAAUCUGUGCCAUCUUAUUGGAACUACCUUGUUAAUAUCAAUAUUAGACUUUCAUUGUCCCAAAAUAUUUUUAUUUGCUAGCAGUUUUCUGUUCUCCUUCUGCAGAGCUGGGGCUUAUUUCUGUAUUAUUCAGGCACUUUGAAACCUGUUAACACCGGAUGACUGUUAUACUCUUGAGUUUGAAACAUUCCCUAUUUACAACUGCUCUAAAACUUGUUUUUAUUUUUAUUAUGAGAACGUGUCACUGAAAGUGUGUAGCAAUGUCUCUAUGUCAUUUAUGUGUAGGUGCUCAUGCAAAACAUAAGCAACUAAUUUUUGCAAUUUUACCAGCCAGGGCCUUAAAAAUGAAGUGAUCCGGCUUCAACCUCUUGACUACCUUUUAGUCACAUAAGUGCUGUUGUCUAAUACUGUGAAUAAGAAAGGCCUUUAGGUGAAGGGAGCAUAUUGCACCAUAGGCUAUUGACUGCAUGUAUGACAUAGUUCAAAAUUACUCACAUUCAGUAAGUUGCAUUAAGAUGUAUCUCAUAUGUCCAUAAAUAAUAUGCAUGUCCAUGAGCCACACUGUGUGCUUGCUGUUUAAUGUUCAGUGCUGUAAGAUUGUACUGAUUUGGUCAAAAUCUUAACUUUAAAUUUCUGUUUUGCAACAUUCAUUCAGCACGUAAAGCUGAAUGUGUUGUAUGGAUUAAUGGUGUAUUUGGCUGAUUUUUACUAGUGAAUAUUAAUGUGUUUUUAUUAGAUAAACAGUCACAAAGUUUGUGGUUUCUCACAUCUGGAGAGUGUAGGUAACAACCUAUGUAAUGUAUGUGAUGUUCUGCCUUUACCUGUUUGUGGUAAAUGCAAAUAAACUCAUGGAAAAGAA